AUAAAAGUAUAGUAUCACUACCGUGUACGCAUCACAAACUUCUGGUUUCUUACCACAAUUGCCCAAAUUAAGAGUGUGCUUUGAGUUAAUUUGGCUUUACCAGUAGUUAUUAGUUAUAACCAUUAGCCAGCAUUCAUAUUUUAGCAUUUGCUCACAAAAGCUUCGAAAUACAUGCAAGGGUAUGAUUUAUAUAUUAAGAUAAAUAUUUAUAAUCAAAUGAUCAGAAUGCAAAACAAUAGUCCAUUUACAACAGUAUGGAGUUUCAGUAUUCAUGGCCAAACAUGGGUCACUUUGUUUCUUAUUAUUAUUACUCUCAUACAAAUCUCACAACCGGUAAUUGUUACCGGUCAGCCCCUAACACCAGAAGUAAAUCCAGCAGAGAACAACAAAUCAGUAGCCACUAUAAUGGGAGUAGUAAUUCUUAUGUUUCUCUUUUCCGGUUUCCUUUCUCUCUACUCAGCCAAAUGCACCGAACGUCGACACGGAGUCAUAUUCGAUCUCACUUUACCGACCGAUGGAAGCGGCCGCCCGUCACAAAACAACCAGCCUAGCAACGGUCUUAAUCAAGAAGUUAUUGAUACAUUCCCUACUUUUCUUUACUCCAACGUGAAGGGACUCAAGAUUGGGAAAAGCACGUUGGCUUGUGCUGUUUGCUUGAACGAGUUUCAAGACGAUGAAACGCUGCGUUUAAUCCCUAAAUGUAGCCACGUUUAUCACCAUACUUGUAUUGAUAUUUGGCUUGUUUCACAUAACACUUGUCCCGUUUGUCGUGCUAAUCUUGUUCCAAGACCCGACGACAAUACCGUGCCAGUAACCAUUCAAAUAGACGAAGAACAUCAUCCACAUGAGUUGAAUAUUAUUAGUUCAACAAACGAGGAAGAUAUAGAACUUGUUGAAGAGGAACCAAAGGGAGACAACAUUAGCAUGGAAUAUUCACCAAAGAUAGAGUUGCUUCGUAGGUCUCGCACAUAUGGUGCACCAACACGGUCAAAAUCGACAGGGUUCUUAUCAGCACUAUUGUUUUCACGGUCGAAUUCAACAGGUAUGUUGGUGCAACCAGGUGAGGAUUGUGAGAGGUUUACACUGAGGUUACCUGAUGAUGUUCGGAAUCAGAUGAUGAAGAAAACGACCACACUUAAGCGUGCGAGUAGUUGUGUUAGUUUUACAAGAAUGAGCAGUGGCACGUGCGGUUAUAGGACGAGAAGUGUGGGUUCUGGAAGCGGGAGAGGUCUCGUGGAAUACGAGAGGUUUGGAAGUGAGGAAGAGGAGCAAUUAGGGGUCUUUAGAAACAGUUGCACUACUAAAAUGGUGAGAAAAUAUCCGGUGAGGUAUUUGGGAGUUGAUAUGGAUAAUAAUGGUGGCGAAAGAUCGAGUGAUCUUUUGUGUCCUAAGUAGUUUAUAGCAGUUCCAAAUCUAAUUAUUCUCACAUUUGCACCGAAAGUCCAAACACCGUGGGUUGGAUUUAUUCCUUCUACUUCUUUUAAUAAACAUUUGUAUUAUAAAAGAGAUAUGUGGAUGAUUGUUUAGUUAGGUUAAACUUAUCGUUUUCAUAUAAUGUUUUGAGAGUAGAUAGAUAAAUUAAUGAUAGACAAUUACCAUUGUGUGUUUUAUUUAAUUACUUUGUAGAGUUCUUUAAGUAUCCAUUAUAUUUGUUUGUUUGGUAAA